AUGGCCAACAACCCCAUCACCAAGAGUGGUACUUUCGUCCACGAAAAUACUACCGCCCCCGAGCAUCCCAGCUUGUUGAGUCUGUUCUCGCUCAAGGGAAAGACCGCCAUCGUCUCCGGCGCUGGUGCUGGUAUCGGUCUUGCCGUAGCAAAUGGUCUGGCCGAAGCUGGUGCUAAUGUUGCCAUGUGGUACAACACCAACACCAAGUGUCCUGAGCGGGCGGCCGAUAUUGCCUCUAAGUACGGUGUUCAAACCAAAGCUUACCAGAUUAACAUCACCGAUGCCCAGGCCGUCCAGGACACUGUUGACCAGGUCGUCAAGGAUUUCAACGGCCGGUUGGAUAUCUUCAUUGCCAAUGCUGGUGUUCCAUGGACUGAGGGACCCAUGGUGGAUGGCCCUCUGAAGCACUACUCCGACGUGGUCAGCAUCGACCUGGAUGGUACAUUCUACUGUGCUAGGGCUGCUGCUGCCCACUGGAGGAGGCAAAAGGAGCAGGGUACUGACCUGAACGGAAACAAGUUGACAAAUUUUACCUACGGUAGCUUUGUGGCGACUGCGUCCAUGAGCGGCCACAUCGUCAACUUCCCCCAGAUGCAGGCUGCCUACAACGCUGCUAAGUCCGGUGUUAUCCAUCUCUGUAAAUCUCUCGCCGUUGAAUGGGUCAGGUUUGCCCGUGCCAACACCGUUUCCCCCGGCUACAUCGCCACAGAGAUCUCCAACUUCGUACCCCAGGAGGUUAAGAACAUUUGGAAGGAUAAGACCCCCAUGGGCCGUGAGGGUCGCCCUGAGGAGCUCAAGGGUGCCUACCUCUACCUGGCCUCGGAUGCCGCCACUUACACCACCGGUGCCGACCUUGUUGUCGAUGGAGGUUACUGCGCUCCGUAA